AGAAAUCACUUUCCUGAGACCAGUCUUCGCCGGCAUGGCGGUGCCCGUUCGGAGCGAGUUCGUUUACUCUGUGCUGUGGCCGGGGCGGGGGUCUGGGCUAUAGGCAGAUAGCAUUUAGCUCCACAAUGUUUGGGAACCUAUUUGAAGAGGAUUAUUCCAGUGUGUCAAGUAGUCAGUAUGGAAGAGGGAAGAAAUUAAAGACUAAAGGUCUGGAGCUGCCUGCCCCUAGAGAAUUCACCAAUUUAAGUGGAAUCAGAAAUCAGGGUGGAACCUGUUACCUCAGUUCCCUUCUUCAGACUCUUCAUUUCACACCUGAAUUCAGAGAAGCUUUAUUUUCUCUUGGUCCGGAAGAGCUUGGUUCUUUAGAGGAUAAGGAUAAACCUGAUGCAAAGGUUCGGAUCAUACCCUUGGAGUUGCAGCGCUUGUUUGCUCAGCUUCUGCUCUUGGAUCAGGAGGCUGCAUCCACCACAGAUCUCACUGACAGCUUCGGGUGGACCAAUGAUGAGGAAAUGAGACAACAUGAUGUGCAAGAACUCAACCGAAUUCUCUUCAGUGCUUUGGAGACUUCUUUAGUUGGGACCUCUGGCCAUGACCUCAUUCAUCGUCUAUACCAUGGCACCAUUGUGAACCAGAUUGUUUGCAAAGAGUGUAAGAACGUCAGCGAAAGGCUGGAAGACUUCUUGGAUUUGACAGUAGCUGUCAAAAACGUAUCCGGUUUAGAAGAUGCACUCUGGAACAUGUAUGUGGAGGAAGAAAUUUUCGACUAUGACAACUUGUACCACUGUGGAACCUGUGACCGGCUGGUUAAAGCAGCAAAGUCUGCCAAGUUGCGUAAGCUGCCUCCUUUUCUUACUAUUUCAUUACUACGAUUUAAUUUUGAUUUUGUGAAAUGUGAACGCUACAAGGAUACUAGCUGUUAUACAUUCCCCCUCCGGAUCAAUCUCAAGCCUUUUUGUGAACAGAGUGAACUGGAUGACAUGGAAUAUAUGUAUGACCUCUUCUCCGUCAUUAUCCACAAAGGUGGCUGCUAUGGAGGUCAUUACCAUGUGUACAUUAAAGAUGUUGAUCAUCUCGGCAACUGGCAAUGUCAAGAGGAGAUAAAUGAUACAGAUGUGAACUUGAAAGCCCCUCAGAAUGAAGAAAAGGCUGAUGAUCCUUUGGUGGUUCUAAAAACAAUCUUAUUGCAGGAGGAGGCCAAUCAAGUUCCUGUUAAUCAUCUGGGCCAGAAACUCUUGAAAAAAACAGGAAUAUCUUGGAACAAGAAGUACAGGAAACAGCAUGGACCAUUGCGAAAGUUCUUACAGCUCCAUCCUCAGAUAUUUCUGCUCAGCACAGAUGAAAGUACAGUUAGUCUUCUGAGGAACCAUCUUACCCAGGCCCCAACUGAUCUACAGAACCGUGAACAGAUUCUAUAUACACUUGCUUCAGAACCCCCAGGCUUAAAUGAUAACACCAGUUGCUCACACUGGUUUGAUAUCAAUGAUUCCAAAGUCCAUCCAAUCAAAGAGAAAGAUAUCACACAACAGUUCCAGGGUAAAGAAAGUGCCUACAUGCUGUUUUAUCGGAAAGCCACGUUGCAGAGACCCACUGAAGCUCGAGCCAAUCCAAGAUACAGAGUUCCAUGUCAUUUGCUGAAGGAAAUGGAUGCAGCCAACAUUCUACUGCAGAUGAGAAGGGCAGAAUGUGAGUCUGCAAACAGUACUUUUGAGUUGCAUCUCCACUUGGGACCUCACUACCGUUUCUUCAAUGGGGCUCUUCACCCUGCAGUCUCUCAGACAGAGAGCAUGUGGGACUUAAUAUUUGAUAAAAGAAAAACUGUAGGAGACCUCCGUCAGUCGAUCUUUCAGCUAUUGGAAUUCUGGGAAGGAGACAUGGUUCUUAGUGUUGCAAAGCGUAUGCCAGCAGGACUUCAUGUGUACCAUAACCUCGAUGGAGAUGAACUGACACUCUGUGAAGCUGAGAUUGCUGAUGGUGAAGACAUCUUUGUAUGGAAUGGGGUAGAGGUUGGUGGAGUCCAGAUUCAGACUGGUUUUGAUUGUGAACCUCUGCUGUUACACAUUCUUCAUCUAGAACUAAGUGGUGAAGGCUCCAAGUGUGAACAGUUGGUGGAGUCGCCACAUGUCUUUCCCGCUAAUGCCGAAGUGGGCAUGGUGCUCACAGCUUUGGGCACCCCAGUAGGUGUCAUCCUCAUGAACAGUGUGGAAUCUGCAGAUGGAGAGUGUUGGACUGCUAUUCCCAAAGAAGACAUGAAGAAAACAUUCAGAGAACAAGGUCUCAAAAAUGGAAGCUUAAUUUUGGUUCAGGAUUCAGGCAGUGAUGAUAGCAGUCUAUUGCCAAAACAAGGGAGGCGGACCAACAGUAUGAAUGAGCUCAACUGGCUCCAAGUGAAAAAUUUCUGCCAGUCAGAGUCUGAAGAGAAGCAGGUUCAGAUAGCCGUGACCAUGCACACAGUGGUGUUUGAUAUUCGAAUUAAAGCCAUAAAGGAAUUAAAAUUAAUGAAGGAACUAGCUGAGAAUAGCUGUUUGAGACCCAUUGAUAGACACGGGAAGCUUCUUUGUCCAGUACCAGAUACUAGCACUUUGGAAGAAGCAGAGGUGAAGAUGGGGAGCUCCAUGGCACUGUGUCUGGGAAAAGCACCAACUUCCUCUCAGCUGUUCCUGUUUUUUGCUCUGGGGACUGACAUUCACCCUGGGGCAGAGAUGGAAGUCAUAGUAGAAGAAGCCCUCUCAGUGAGAGAUUGUUUAAAGAUAAUGCUGGAGAAGUCAGGUCAGCAAGGAGAGAAGUGGCACUUAAGGAAAAUGGACUGGUGCUAUGAAGCUGGCGAGCCUUUGUGUGAAGAAGAUGCAACACUGAAAGAGCUCAUGAUAUGUUCUGGGGAUACUUUGCUUUUAACUGAAGGAAAACUUCCUCCCCCGGGUCACUUGAAGAUACCUAUCUGGUGGUACCAGCCUGCAGGGCUGACAGGACACUGUGAGAGUCGGGACCACUUAAACUGUGCCUUUUCUCAAGGUAGCAGCUGGGGAGCUGCUCCCACCCAAGGUGCUCCUGGCCCCGAGCCUGCAGAAGUCUCUCUCCUCUACUUGGGAGAUAUGGAGAUCUCAGAAGAGGCCACCUUGGUGGAACUGAAGUCUCAGGCCAUGGCCUUGCCUUCUGUUUCCAAGCUCGAUGUCCAGUCCACAGCCCUGCUUAGAGUCUGGACAGUGGAGAGCAAGCGCCCCAGCAGGCUCUUGCGCACUAACUGGCGGCAGCUCAAGGAGUACAGACUGGGCCGGAGAGUGGAGCUCUGCCUAGAGCUCCUUCAGAAGGAGGAGGACUUGGGCCCCCAGGAUGUACUACUGAGGACACAGCUACGCAUCCCUGGUGAGAGAGCCUACUCCCUGGCAACAGACCUGGUAUGGGACACCACCAAGGGAUGGACUGCUGCCUCCUUGAGGCAGAGAGUGGCUGACUUCUAUUCUCUUCCUGUGGAAAAAAUCGAAAUUGCCAAAUAUUUUCCUGAAAAGUUUGAGUGGCUUCCAAUAUCUAGCUGGAAUCAGCAAGUUGCCAAAAGGAAAAAGAAGAAAAAUCAAGAUACUUUGCAAGGGGGACCAUAUUACUUGAAAGAUGGAGACACUCUUGGCAUUAAGAAUCUCCUGUUUGAUGACAGUGAGGAUUUCAGCACAAUCAGAGAUGACAUUGGAAAGGAAAACCAGAAGCGGCUAGCUCUGGAAAAAAAGAAAAACCGAGAAGUCCACCGUGCACAGAGCAGCGAUGUGUUCUCCAAUGCAGGGAUGCCCACCAGGCCCCGGGGACCAGAAGCUUCUCUGUCCAUCCAUGUUGCAAGCUUCAGAUAGCCCCAUGCAGCAGUUAUGUCCUGUGCUCCAGAUAGAACCGUCCUGUCAGUUCUAUGACAGACACCUUGUGGGUUUAUGGUAGACAAGCUGGUUGCCUUCACAGCCAGUGAUCUCAAGUCUUCAGCUUUGUGACAGGCGAAGGUAUGGCACUUGUCAGACUAAGCAAAUGCACCUGCAGUGUCAGCCCAGACCCAGACACUGUGCUAACCAGAAUAGACCUCCCACACCUGGCCUCAGUGGCCUCUUUCCAGAAGGUAUACUUCUGGGUAAUGGCAAGUUGCUCAAAGAGGACAAAUCUGAUAGGUAAGCCACAAAGUCAGUUACUUACCCACUCGUGAGGUGACCAGUGAGUCAUCUAGUGCUAGCACCUCACUGAAGCUGCAAGGAAAGGAUGUGUGUCCUGACUUCACUCCCAGUUCCAGCCCUCACUCUGCCAUGGGCCUCCUCUUGGGCCAAAUUCAAAGUAGGACUUCUAAGCCAGCUGUGCAGGAAGAGCUAUGUAUGGCACUCACCUGCUCUGUUGUCUACCACCUAUACACUCUAGCAAGAGGCAGGACCAUGAAAGAAGCCCAGCACAACAGAUCCAGGCUCCCAGUUGUCCUGGAGAAACUGAGGCCUCUUCCUUCUCGGUCAGCACAGGUAACUGAAGAGAUUUGGUAUUUAUGUACUAUAAUUAAUACACUAUCAGAACAGCAUCUAUUACUGAACUGGCAGGUUUAGGACCCUAGGCUGACUUAGCCUAUUACAGUAUUCCUAAGAGGAGUUGUCAGGCCAUCAGAUUAUCAGCUCUUACUUCAUGUAGCAGAACUGAGGUGGUGUAAGACAAAGAAAAACUUACUCUGGCCUGGGCUUCAGCUGGCCCCUGCUGGCUUUUCACAUUCUGGUGUAGCUAUGCUGGCUUCUCUGUGGAGCUGAUGCUUAGCAGGUAAUCCUAAUCUUCCUCUUGUCUUCCAGACACCAUUUGCCAGAGUUGGUGUCAUGUUAGGUGACUGCUUCUAUUGAAGCACUUGUAUUAUAAGAUGUUGGACUUGGAGUAGUUACCUUUUCUGGCCAUGUCCUCGUAGCUACACACCAAGGGGUUCUGGGAGACCCAAACAGUAAACAUUACUUGACCACAACUGAGUCCUCUGGGUAUUAGCUACUGUUUCUUGUACUGUAACUGACAUAGUUCCUUAGUUUGUCCUUUCACCCCAGACUCUGGCAAUACAUACUGAUGUACUAGCUCAGACACUUUGCUUUCAGGAAGCCAGAGGCUCCCUGACCCGCUUAGCACCUGGAAGAGACAGAAGACAUGCCUCAAGUGCUGGCUACACCCCAAGUCUGUUGGCAGGCCUUUCUAUUUGGUUGGUUUCUUGUUUGUUUGUUUUUGUUUUGUUUAAUUGGGGGAUAGUGUUUUUUCCGUUUCGUCUAUUCUAAGAAAAAAAUAAACCAUUUUUGAAGUUGCGGUCCUCAGCUCAGUCAUACACUGCCUAUGUUCUGAUGCUUGAGGAACGUGUAUGUCUUUUUCUCCACGUAUACUCUAGACAGUCAACAAACAUGACAUAUUACAAACACUGAUUUGGAAACAAGUAUAUUUUGGCUUAAAAUAAAUGUAGACUCCUGGCAAAGUGUACUGGAA